AUGUCCUUCUACGUCGCCCCCAGCCAACAACGCACUCUCCGCGCCUGCAUGGUGUGUUCCCUCGUGCAACUUCACAACAAAUUCAUGCGCGAAGGCUGCCCCAACUGCGACAACGUCCUCGGGCUCCGAGGCAACAACGACGCGAUCCAAGAAUGCACGUCGCAGGUAUUCGAGGGGCUGGUGACGCUGCGUGAUCCGACGACGAGUUGGGUUGCUAGGUGGCAGCGGUUGGAUAGUUAUGUGCCCGGGACUUAUGCGGUUAAGGUUACGGGGUCGCUUCCCGAUGAGAUUAUUUCUAGUUUGGAGGAUUCGGGGGUGAAGUAUAUUCCGAGGGAUGGUAGUACGGGCGAAGAGGAGAAUUGAUCGCUUCGGGUGGAUAGGAUUGUUGCUGGCUACCUAGGAGUAUCUGCAUCACGAUCGGCAUUACUACAGCACAGCGGUUUUAUUGACAGGUAUUAAGGCUGCCGGUUGCACGAUGGAGUUUGGGAUCUUUGUUAUAAUUGUACGGUAUGGGUCGCUGCAUUGGAGUUCAUGUUUACUCGGAUUAAUACGAGGUAUCUGUAAUAGAUAACUGCCUUGACGGC